AUACUGAUCCUACACCUUCUGAAUUCUCAGGGGUCUGAACUCUUCCCAGCGAAUAAGUUCUUUGGAAAAUGGCGUAACCUAAAAGGUCAAAUAAGUGCACUGUACCAAAUGGUCACAUCAUCUCCGGAUGUCAUAAGCUUGGUCGCUUUAUCUAAACGAAAGGUUAUCGAACUGGAGGAUUUCAGUGCAUCGAGUACACAUGUGCGAGCUGCGGCAGCACAAUUGGUAAAUGAUCAACUCAAUUCUUUGGAUUUGAUUGAACGUGUAUUGGAUUUGGUGGAUACUCCUGUGAAUGAAGAUGCAAACAAGCUGUUGGAAGCGAUGGCGAGAAAUUCUCCAGAGCUUAUAUUCCUUGGUCUUGUACAAGUACAGCCCAUGAAGUCCCUCAUUCACAAAGAUAUGUUACAGCAAUUACUUGCUAUUCACUUGAAAGGACAUCCUGGAAGUACACUUGCGUUGACAAAACUUUGGCAGCUCAAUCCGUCGUUUUUUAUAAAGAGCGUUCUUGAAUUCUACGCAGAAGAUUCCACUUCUUUAAUGCGUAUUCUUGAUUUUACCCAUGAACUCAAGAUCAUUCCACAAAUGCUCGAAGUCCAACCAUUUUUCUUUGCGAUCGACCUUGCUGCGCUGGCGUCUCGUAGAGAAUAUUUAAACCUUGAGAAAUGGCUCCAAGACAAAAUCUCAGAGCAUAAGGAUGCAUUUGUGCGUGUCUGCUUGGACUUUUUGAGCCAGAAGAUUUCGGCUGAGUUAUCUCGAAAAGAUGUUAAUCAAGUGCCUUCAACUGUUCCCCUUCAAGUGGAUGUUCUUGGCCUCUUUCUCAAGAUUUUACAUUCUUCAUUUAGUCCGAUGACUCCCGAUAAUGCAGAACUACUUAAGGAAGUUCAGAGUGUUUGCUUACAAACUUAUCCCAAACUUAUGAACAUUCGCACUCAAGCAGAACCAGGAUCCACUGGAGCUGAAGUUUCCUUCAAACCAGAAGUAGAAAAAGAAUCCAACUCAAACUACGAACGAAUUUAUAGUGGAGAACUAUCGCUUGAAGAAUUUAUCGGGCGACUAAAAAGCUACAGUACAUCAAAAGACUCACACGAGCAGGACCUAUAUGCGUGUAUGAUCCACAAUCUGUUUGAUGAGUACAGCUUUUUCCCAAAAUAUCCUGACAAAGAACUAGCUAUCACAAGUGUCUUGUUCGGUUCAUUGAUUCAACAUCAUCUUGUGUCUUACGCACCUCUAAGAUCUGCUCUACGUUGCGUACUUGAUUCUUUGCGUAAGCCACUCGGCUCAAAGAUGUUCAACUUUGGACUUCAGGCUCUGACUCAAUUCCAGUCACGUCUACCCGAAUUUCCCCAAUUUUGUGCUUGUUUGUUGCAAAUUCAGCAACUCCAACAAGCCAACCCUGAGCUCAUACGCUUUAUCAAUGCAUCAUUACAGACAGCGCAGUUACAGGAGCAACAACAACAACAAGAGGAGUUAUUAAUGCCUGAAAUGACAGCCCAAGCUGAUAUGAUGCCUCCUCCUGAAACAAAGGCACCCAACCAAGCAGUUUUCUUCACGACAUUAAGGGUUCCAUCUGUGCCAAUAAGUGACGAGAAUAUCAAUUACGAAAUACCACCAGAGUUGACCCAGGACAAGAUCCUGUUUAUUAUAAACAAUCUUGCACUCAACAACUUGGAAACCAAGACAUCAGAUUUGCUUAAUCUACUCGAUCAGUCGGCCUAUCAAUGGUUCAGUAAUUAUCUCGUCGUAAAACGUGCUAGUAUUGAGCCAAAUUAUCACGAAUUGUAUCUCCUACUUCUUGAUGCUGUGGAGAGUAGAUUGUUGUAUCAACAUGUACUUCGUGAGACUUAUGCAAAUAUUCAAAUCCUGUUAAAUUCGGAAAAUACCGUGUCUUCUUCUUCAGAGCGAGGCCUAUUGAAAAACUUGGGUGCUUGGUUAGGAGGAAUGACAUUGGCUAGAAAUAAACCUAUCAAACACAAAAAUAUUGCAUUCAAGGAACUUUUACUAGAGGGCUAUGAUAAUAAUCGCCUGAUUGUGGUCAUUCCUUUUGUUUGCAAAGUACUGGAGCAAUGCAACAAGAGUAGAGUGUUCAAGCCGCCGAACCCAUGGCUUAUGGCCAUCUUAAAAUUACUGGUAGAACUUUACCAGUUUGCAGAAUUGAAGUUGAAUCUCAAGUUUGAGAUUGAGGUUCUUUGCAAGAGUUUAUCAUUGGGAUUAAAUGAUAUUGAGGCAACUUCUGUUUUAAAAAACAGGCAGCCCAAAGACAACAGAACGGUCUUAGCCGAAAUGUUAGCUAGAGGAGAUGAUUCUUCAUUAUCUGCUGUGCCAGACGGAGGAUUCAUUCCUGAGAUGGAAGAGUCGCUGAUGAUUACAUUGCCAAACCUUGCACCAUAUAUCACAUUCAAUCCUCAGAUUGUUAUGUAUGCUACGCAACCAGGCGCAAAACGUUUAGUUUUACAAGCAAUUAACCAGUCUAUCCGUGAGAUCAUUGAUGCUGUGGUGGAGCGUUCAGUGUCUAUUGCUACCGUAUCUACACGUGAACUUGUCACUAAAGACUUUGCAAUGGAGUCUGAUGAGAUAAAGAUGCGCAAAGCAGCCCAUCUUAUGGCCCAAAACCUUGCAGGAAGCCUUGCUAUGGUGACAUGUAGAGAGCCUCUACGUCUAAGCCUUAUUUCUAACCUACGCAACAUCUUCCUGGCCAGUGGGCUUACUGAGGCUGUAGCAGAGCAGACUGCACAUAUAACCGUAUUUGAUAAUCUAGAAUUAGUCUGUACUGUAAUUGAAAAGGCUGCAAUGGAAAAGGCUACUAUCGAUGUGGAUGAGGCUAUGAUGAAUGCUUACACCGCUCGUAAAAAGCAUCGCGAGCAAAGACCUGGCCAACCUUACUUUGAUAUGGAGAUUUUCUCUGUUUCAAGAUACCCCGCAACGUUGCCAGAACCCCUCCGCUCAAAACCCAAUGGCCUUCAGUCUAGUCAGCUUCGCGUGUACGAGGAUUUUGCUAGGAUUUCCAGAUCGGCACCUUCGGGUGGCAAUGUCGGAUUUGAUGGUCCUCCUGGACAACUUAGUGCUCAUCAGACCCUCGAAAGAUUUAGCCAGUACAUGACUGAACUUGAGAAGCUAGCAAACCAGACCAAUGUAUCGAGCUUUGGUGCUUUACCCAAUCACCAUGAUAUCCGCGCGAUCAUCCACCAGAUUCCUAUAUUAGCACUCUCAAGCUUUGAUAAAGAAGAAGCCGCGCGUACCUUUGCUCAAAAGGUAGUCCAGCUACUUUACAAGAGCGAAACCCAGCUCUCAAGAGAAACAUUUGUCGUCCUUCUCGAGAAUUUGUGCGAAGUUGCACCCAAUGUCGGUACCCUAGUCACAUCAUGGCUGACCCAUGCAGACGAUGAGCGCAAGUAUAAUGUUCCUGUGACCGUUGCGUUGAUUAAGUCCGGCUUGAUCCAUCUUCCCGAACAAGACCUAGAGCUUGGGCAUUUGAUUGAUAUUGGACGAACGACUGCGAUUGACUUUACUGCUAGACUUAUUCGGGCUUGUGUAUUUGGAGAGACUCCUUUGGCCACUCGCCAAGAGUUUAUGUCUUCCCUUGAAGCACUCGGUAGACUGCGUGGAAAUGUUCCUGAAAGUGUAUUAAUGUUGAUGGAAGAUAUCCGUCGCUAUUCUCAAAGCCAGGUUAAGGAUGCACAGGACAUUCGCAGACUGGCUCAGAAUCAAGUUAAAGACGCUCAAGAAGACGAAGCCACUUUGCGUGGUCAACUCGAGUACCUGUUUACCGAGUGGGUUCACCUUUACCAGCAUCCCGCAACUACCGAGAAAGCUCACAAUGCAUUUAUUGCACAAUUUGCUCAACAAAGCAUAUUCAAGGUUGAGGAUGUAUCAAUGCUAUUUUAUCGUGUCUGUAUCGAGGCUUCGGUAGAGCAUGCCAUUAAGUUUAAAGAAAUCCCUGGCCAAUCUCCUAGCCUUGCAUAUCAGCCUAUUGACGCCUUUUCAAAACUGGCUAUUGGAAUUGUCAAGCUCCAGACAGAUCCUACUAACUGCAAUCAUAAUACAGCCAAGGUGAACGAGUUUAACAAGGUUACUUCUGUGAUUCUACUUAUACUUGCUCAGCACCAUGAGCAACGCCAACAGCAAUUCAACCAACGUCCAUUUAUGCGCCUCUUUACUUGCUUGUUGAGCGAUCUUCAUGCAGCAGAACAUCAGCUUCAGUCGGUCUAUAUCCCUCUCCUCACUGCACUGAGCAACUCCUUCCACAUGCUUCAACCUUCAUACUUCCCAGGAUUCACAUUUGCUUGGCUCCAGUUGAUCUCUCAUCGAUUGUUCAUGCCAAAGUUGCUGUUGACGGAGAAUCAAAAGGGAUGGCCAACUUUCCAGAGGCUUCUCAUCUGUCUAUUCCAGUUUCUCGUUCCUUUUCUUCGUAAUGUUGAACUAAGAGAUACGACCCGUAUGCUGUACAGAGGUACACUUCGUGUCUUGCUUGUGCUGUUGCAUGAUUUCCCUGAGUUCCUUUGCGACUAUCACUACAGUUUCUGUGACGUGAUUCCAUCUUCCUGUAUCCAACUCAGAAACCUUAUUCUAAGCGCGUUCCCUCGUAAUAUGCGUCUUCCAGAUCCAUUUACUCCCAAUCUCAAGGUGGAUCUGUUGCCUGAAAUCAACCAAUCUCCACGUAUAUUAUCUGAUUACAUUGAACCUCUCAAGGCAAACGACUUUAAGCAACAAGUGGAUGAGUUUAUUGUGUCCGAGACUCCUGAAGAUUUCUUGUCUGGGCUUCAGAACAAGCUUCUUUUGAGUCCGGAGCAGAAAGAAGCUUCUAAUGUGGUAACAAAAUAUAACCUUCCAGUAAUCAAUGCACUUGUGUUCUAUGUUGGCGUGACUGGUAUUACCCAAGGAAUUCCUGUUAAUCAGGGUGCUCCUAUGGAAAUUUUCCAACAUCUCUUGAAUGAAGUUGACUCAGAAGGUCGCUAUUUGUUCUUGAGUGCAAUUGCAAACCAGCUGCGUUAUCCUAACAGCCACACACACUACUUUAGCUGUGUCCUUCUUUAUCUAUUUGCUGAAAGCAAUAAGGAGAUUGUCAAGGAGCAGAUUACGCGAGUACUGUUGGAGCGUCUGAUUGUAAACCGUCCUCAUCCUUGGGGCUUACUUAUUACAUUUAUCGAGCUUAUAAAGAACCCUCGCUAUAACUUCUGGAAUCAUUCAUUCACGAAAUGUGCCACUGAUAUUGAACGUCUGUUUGAAAGUGUCUCU